AUGACCUCUCCAUCGAAUCGACAUUCAAGUGGUGAGGGCGCGACAAAGCAACUAUGCUCCUGGAUCAAUCGUCUAUCACUCGAUGAUAUCCCCGAGCGAGUGAAAACACGGGCCAAAUACUUGAUAUUGGAUGGGCUCUGCUGUGCGCUCGUCGGUGCUCACCUUCCGUGGGUCGAGAAAGCCACAAAAGCCGUAUUCGCAAUAGAGCCAGCUGGUGACUGUCUUGUGUGGGGUACCGAAAUUCAAUCAUUUGAGCUGGAUGACUGGCAUGCUCUUGCGCCCCUGCAUUCCAAUUCCAUUCUGUUGCCUGCAAUAUUCGCAGCCGCGAGAACAAAAAAAGCCAACGGCUCGGCCACAUUCGAUGGCAAGGCUUUCUUACUCGCGACUAUCACCGGUUAUGAAGUAGGGCCUCGCGUCGGUCUGUGUCUGUAUGGGAGCCACAUGCUCACAAGAGGCUGGCACUCGGGCACCACAUUCGGCCACGCUGCUUCCGCGGGCGCAGUAAGUAGAUUACUCGGCCUUGAGAAAGAUUCCAUCGAGGAUGCACUCGGUAUCGCCUGCACACAAGCUUGUGGCCUGAUGUCAGCUCAGUUUGGAAGUGACGUGAAACGCAUGCAACAUGGAUUUGCAGCUCGCAAUGGCCUCUUUGCUGCUCUGUUGGCAGAGGGAGGGUAUACAGGCAUCAAGAAUGUGUUUGAAGAGCCAUAUGGUGGAUACUUGGCAGUAUUUGGGCAGGGUUCUGGCAAGGAGCCUCCAUAUCUAGUCGAAGAAUUGACCAAGGGGCUCGGCCAAACAUGGCAGUCGGAUUAUAUCCGCGUCAAGUCUCAUGCUUCCAUGGCGGGGACGCAUUGCACCAUUGACACAAUUAAAGCACUGCAAAAGCAGUAUGGAGACAAACUGUCUGACCUCAAAAACAUUACAAGCAUCAAGAUCGAGAUGUCUGAGGCGGCUUUCAAGCACGGAGGAUGGAAAGCUCGCCGGCCUCUUACAGCGCUUGGCGCGCAGAUGAGUUGUGCGUACGUCGCAGCUGUCCAACUUGUGGAUGGGAAGGUCACACCACAAGAAUUCCACCACGAUCUGCUGGAUCGAGACAUUAUCUGGGAAUUGGUAGACAAGACGGAGUGCUUCCAUGCCCCCCAACUGGGCGAGAAAUACGAGCAACGCGUGACCAUCACGGUUGCAAAUGGCUACUCGAUCACUGAAACUUUGGGAGCUCCCAGGGACGUGGAUCCUGGUCUGUCUAAUGACGAAAUUUUGGACAAAUUCAGGCGGUUCACCUCGGAGGUCAUCGAUGAUCAAAGAAGGGACAUGAUCGAGAAGCUGGUGUUGGGAUUGGAAGACAUCGACGAUAUCUGUUUGUUGGAAGAUCAGCUUGCUAGCCCCACAUUGAACCCCAUCGCGUAA